CGAUACCUUCGCAAGUGAACAUAGUGACUUCGAAUGUGCAGUGAAUCCUUGAAAUGAUGACUCGUGGUGUCGUGAUUACGGCAGUGUGCUUGCUGCCACUGCUUCUACCAACUAGUGCCCAGUCCGAGUAUAGCAUCACGUUUAACGAAGCAACGACAGUGGUUAACCUUAACCUCCAGUCUCGUGAACUGCGGGUUACACAAAACGGGCGCCUAGUGCAGCAGAUACGACUCAGUGCAAACCUUUCACCAACCGCACGACAUGCUGAAACGGCCACCGGAUUUACGCUAACCAAUGAUGAUGGUACCGUUCUAGAACUGUCACGUGAUGUCGACCGAAGCGAUUACUCGCAAUUCUCGGUCGUGCGGAGCGAUGUACCACGCAGUGUAGCGAUCGUAGACUGUGUCAAUCUGCUCGGUAGCCAGUGGUAUGGUGGACCGCAACAGAAGCAUCAGUACUGGCCAGUACAAAAGCAACACUACAACCGGUACAGCAUGGUUGCCAAGGAGGCGGACAACAGUGGCGUCGGGGAUCGAUACUGGUUGAACGCACUCGGUUCGUUUGUCCACGUCGAUCAGUGGGCACCACUGUUUGUUGAUCAAAACUAUGGCCAACCGGGUUUCUUGUGCCUCGAGACGAGGGCUAGCCUACCGUAUGAUACCCAUGGACCGAGCUAUGAUUUCCGCUACACCGUUGGAGUAGCCGCCGAUGCCAAGGUGGCACACAUGGCUGCCGUUCGGGAACUAUUUGGACGCCCAACGGGCCAUCCGGCCCAGUCGAUGGUUGCCGAUCCAAUUUGGUCGACUUGGGCCCGAUAUAAGCGAGACAUCGACCAGACGGUCGUGCAGCAGUUCGCACAAGAGAUUAUCAACAAUGGGUUCCGCGGUCAGUACGAGUUGGAUGACGAUUGGGAACAGUGCUACGGUGCCCUUACCUUCAACCGUACCAAAUUCCCCAACAUCCGUGCCUCCGUAGCGGCGAUUAAGUCGCUCGGCUUCGAACGAGUCACCCUUUGGAUACAUCCCUUCAUCAACAAGGGUUGUGAGCCUUGGUAUUCGGAUGCAAAGCGACGCGGUUUCCUGGUGGCCGAUUGGACCGGUAGUACCGACACCGAAUGGUGGAAUAGCCAGAAGGGUCAGGCCGCGUACAUCGAUUUCACGAAGGGGGAAGUCCGCGAGUGGUUCACGGCCCGGCUGGAUGCCAUCCUACAGGAAUCCGGUAUCGAUAGCUUCAAGUUUGAUGCGGGCGAAUCAAGCUGGACACCUCCGGAUCCGGUGCUCAAUGGACCACUGACGCGACGACCGACUCAAAUCGUGGGCGAUUAUCUUCGCACGGUCGCCACAUUCGGGGAUUUGGUUGAAGUCCGGUCGGCCCAGGCGACCCAGGAUCUGCCCGUGUUUGUGCGCAUGAUCGACAAGGACUCCAACUGGGGCUGGAACAAUGGUUUACCGACGCUGCUUACAACGCUCCUGCAGCUCAAUAUGGUUGGCUAUCCGCUCGUUCUGCCCGAUAUGGUCGGUGGCAACGGUUACGAUAAUCAGCCACCGUCGAAAGAGCUGUUCAUCCGGUGGCUACAGGCGAACGUGUUUAUGCCGAGCAUUCAGUUCUCGUAUGUUCCGUGGGACUUUGACCCUGAAACGGUCACCAUCUCGCUCGCUAUGAUUCAGCUGCACCGCUCGAUAACACCGGCCAUCAUGGAGCGUUUCGCACUGGCCGUUUCUGAGGGAGCACCCGUUAAUGCACCGCUCUGGUGGCUCGAUCCUACCGAUCGAACGGCCCAGACCAUCUACGAUCAAUUCCUCCUGGGAGAUGACAUCAUUGCCGCACCGGUCAUCGUGGAAAAUGCACGUGCACGCGACAUCUAUCUACCGAAGGGUGCCUGGACGGAUGGUAACACCGGUCAGAAGCAUGUUGGGCCAACGUGGUUACGGAACUACCCAGCACCGCUUAGCAUGAUACCAUAUUUUACGAGAAGCACCGAGUGAAUGCUAUUGUUGGCCAGUUCAUGUUGCAACAGCAAUAAAAUUCCAAGGUUAUCAGUUGAAAUAUAAAAUAAAUUCAAAUAGAAUGGCCCUGACCCUUUGGUUAAUACUCCAUUUUUCACUAGCAAAAAGCAGUUAUCGAUUAGAAAGAUUUUUUUAAAAGCAACAUGGCACCAACGGCCAAUUUAUAUUCUUCGUCUGCCAUCUUCACAGCACCCAUCUUGAGCUAACAAACUUGUGGGAGAGGUCCCAUGCACCUCUAUAUGCUUUUCACAUAUAAACCCUUUGCGGUGUGCGUUCAGCAGUGUCGAGAUGCGAGUGUUUUCGCACAAGAAAAAGAGGAAAGAAAUAAGAUAACCACCAGAGGCAGGUGAUGGAUGCGAAAGUUUCGCGAAGAUCAAGAAAACCCCACUGAGUGAAAGGAAGAAGUGAAGCCAAACGAGAUUCCUAAC